AAGUCGACGGCCACGUGCUCUCUAUAGUCUCAGACCUUCCUUCCACACGCCCAUUUGAGAUCACACUGCGCCAGCCCUAAUUUUCCACCAUUUUCUUUCUAUUUCUCUCUUUCUUCAUCUUCCAAUUUCUCCCCUUUCAUUGCUUCUUUGCUUCCCAGAAUUCUGGCAUUUCAUUUGGUUUCACUUGCUGUUGAAGAUCAUGGUUUCUGAGGUUCCUUCGAAACCGGUUGUUGAAACUGAUGCUUCGGUAUCUAGGAAUUGUCCUCCUGGUAAAAAGAAUCAGGUGAAAGUUCCAAAGAAAAUUCACAAGGCGGAGAGGGAGAAGUUGAAGCGAGAGCAUUUAAACGAUCUCUUCCUUGACCUUGCAAAUGCACUUGAGCUGACAGAACCGAAUAACGGGAAGGCAUCUAUAUUGUCUGAAGCAAGUCGGCUGCUAAAAGACUUGUUUGGUCAGAUUGAGUGCCUUAGAAAGGAGCAUGCAUCGUUGUUGUCAGAAUCCCGAUAUGUUGACAUUGAGAAGAAUGAGCUGCGAGAAGAGACUUCUGCUUUAGCAUCUCAGAUCGAGAAAUUACAAAGUGAGUUACAAUCAAGGGCUGUACAUUCUAAACCCGACUUAAAUAUCACCCCACCUUCAGAGUUUCCGCAACAAGGGACGACAGUACAACAUUUCUCGGGGGAAUGCCUUGGAUUGCCUGUUAUGGAACCUUCAUUGCAGCAAACGCAUGCCGUUUUUAUCGUUCCCGUUCGGCCAGAUCUCCCAUCUUAUCCAGGAACGGAUGCAACUCAUGCCCCAAUAAUGCCUACUUCCCAUGUAAGCAAACCACAUGCCAGAUAUCCAACACCAGCAGAUUCUUGGCCUGCUGGACUUCUCAAAUUGUCACAAACAACAGAAGCAAAUAAAGAAGUUUUAGCCAUUGGUUGCAAGAACAUUGCAGAUAUGGGAGAACGAGGUUAUGAGUGAAGUGAGAGCUGAUUGAUGUAGUGACCUCUUUUGUCUUUAUUUAAAACAGAUGCCCGCAGCAGAUAGAUGAUUUGUAGUAUAAGUUAAAAAUGGCUGAUGGCUAACCUGUGUUUUAGGAACUGUCUAUUAGUAGGAUGUUAGAUUCGAGCAACGUUCGAAAGUUAGAAUCUUUUUUUAUUUACGCUGUAAUAAGUUAAUGAAUCAGCAAUUGGCUUUCCCCCCUUUCA